CUACGGUCUUUAUUCCCAGGUUUCUGUGCGCGCUUGUUUCGUCUUCGUUCGCCGCCAUCAUUACGAAGACGAAAGAGGUUGGUUUUAUUCAUUUUCGCGUGGCCGUGUCAUUACUCGAAAAUCAGCACAAAUGAAGAUGGUUGAUAAAAUAGACAUGAGUCUUGAUGAUAUUAUCAAGCAAAAUAAAGGAAGUAGACCACGUGGCGGCACUGGCAGACGGGGAAGAGGUGCCGGUAAUUCACCUCGUAGAGGAGCACGCAGAACGCAAAGAGUUGGUGGCGUCAUGCGGGGACGCAAUCGUGGUGGCAUUACAAGAAAUUCUCUUCCAUAUACAAGGGGUGAUGUAAACAGUGCAUGGAAACACGACAUGUUUGAUGGGGUAAAAAAGGUUGGCCGAAGUGCAAUAGGUAGCGCAGGAACAACCAAGCUUCUUGUAUCAAAUCUUGACUUUGGAGUAUCAGAUUCAGAUAUUCAGGAAUUAUUUAGUGAAUUUGGCCCCUUAAAGUCAGCAGCAGUGCAUUACGAUAGGUCAGGUCGAUCAUUAGGCUCUGCAGAUGUUAUAUUUGAAAGAAGAGCAGAUGCUAUUAAAGCAAUGAAACAAUAUAAUGGCGUACCCUUAGAUGGUCGUGAAAUGAACAUACAAGUUGCUACCUCUGAAAUACCAGUCACAUCUAUCCGUGGAGGCCCGAGACUUACUAGCAGCAGUAAUUAUACACAGAGACCUCAGUCCCGCUUUAGGGGUAACCGUGGAGCAGGAUCCAUCAGAGGUCGUGGAACUGGCCGACGUGGUGGCAGAGGGGGCAGUCGACAAGCGACAAAAACUCCUACCGCCGAAGAAUUAGAUGCAGAACUGGAAGCUUAUGUGAAAGAAGUAAAGUAACAACGUCACAAACCUUCACAUUUUUAACAUUUUGUUUUGAUCUGACUUAACACGAUACAAUGUGUUUCCCUAAUUUUCAUGAGAAUAUAUAAAAAUAAGUAUAACUAUAUCAUUAGAAAAAUGUUAUAAAAAAUUUCUCUUAUAAAUGGCUCUUUUAUUUUUGACGGUUUCUUUGAAAAUUGGCAUACAAUUUUUACAGACAUUUAAGAAAAAUGAUUUGUAGGAGUUCAUAGAUUUUUUUAUGAUACCGUAACAAAAACAAAAAAAGAUAAUAAAAAGUUAAUGAUGUAAAGACUGUAUGGAUUUGUAUGUACUAUCGUGCGUGUGUGGUUAUCAGAUGAAAAAUACAGUAAAAUUCAUCUUUAAAAG